UUACAAUACAAAUAUGUAAUCAGUAACAUUUUUUUAUGUAGUUGGCAAGUUUGAUUGUUGUAUUUUGUAUCAAGCUAACGAAUAAUUUUCUUAUCGAAUGUUAUUUUAUUUACUAACGAAUGAAAAAUUUCGUGAAGAUUCCCCAUAAUACUUACUUACACUCUUUAUCAAACAAUGUAUAGAAUCUUCACUAAAGUAGGAUCCUAUUAUAAUCAAUAAUGUCAAGUGAUCUAUCAGAUGAUGACUUCUGUGAAACAAACUUUUGUGAACCUUCACCAGUAAAGAGAAGUAAUUUUCUACCCUCGGCAAAAGAUAGAAACUUACAAGAAGUAAAGAAAGAAAAAUUACGGAAAAGAAUUCUCGAAACGGAAAAGGAAUGUUUGAAUGUCAUUGCUAAUAGUUUAAAAGUGAAAGAUGAUGAACCACUUGAAGUCAAAACAGUACCUAAGUCUUCUGAAGUUCUAUUAUUUUCUCCUCAGGGGCGUACAUUUUUUGAGCAAGAACAAAUUACUAAGGAUAAUCUUCAACCAUUCCUUUGGCUGAGUAAUGGUUCCCAAUAUUAUGAAAUGAAUCUUGAUGAAUUCAUGUUCCAUAUUCCACAUUUGACAUUGACUGUUGAAGGAGAAGUGGAGAAAAACAAACUGAUUAAAUUUUGUUUGAACCUCUUAAUACAUGAAACAGAUGUUCUAGGAAUGCAUCUUUUGACUAAAUUCCUGUCCAAGCAAUUUAUUCCUUUUCAUAUGAUUAAUUUUAAAGAAUGGGGUGGUAUUAGUCUUCCAUUACUGAUUCGUCUAAUUUCAAAAUCAGUUACAAAUUAUAAUGCUGGAGAUGCCAGAGAUUUAUUUAGACAAGCUUGCCUUUCUUCUUUGGAUACUAAAACAUUUUCUUUGACCUCUGAAUUUAGAGAAUUAAUAUCUGCUUGUCUGUUAGUUUUUGCUGUGCAAUAUAAUGUUGUGAAUGAAAUUGAUUGGCUGAUCAGCCUAGAUUUAAAACCAGAAGAAGGGUUUCGUAUUAUAGAAGUUUUACCAGUUAGUGGGUUAUAUGUUGAUUUAAGCGCACGUUUUGCAUGGACAUAUCUUCCUACUAUCCUUGGCUUACAAGCAUGUUCUAUUGAUAACCAAGUUGUCAAUUGGCACAGUGUUGUAAAGUUUUUAGAAGAAAAUGAAUCAAAAGUUAGAAAUCUUACUCCUAACUAUUAUUUUUGUUUCAUGUAUAUUCUUAAAUUUAUCAUUACCAGAUUACCUGAAGAUGACAAAAACUCUGCUGAGAUAUUGUUAAAACUUUUUGAUAAUUUGAAACUUCACUUCAGUCAAGAAAAAGGAAACAUGUCACUGUCACAUUAUUUAUCGAUGGAAGCUAUGAAUCGUUUAUAUCUUCUUUGUAAUGAACUUAAAUCUAAAAAUUGAAAAAAAUGUGAUCUUUUAGUUUUAGAAAUCAAAAUUUGAGUUUAAUUGUUAAUUAUAUAUUUUAAAAACAGAAUAUCAUUAUAAUUAAUUACAUUAAAUGUAAAUACAUUUCUUUUUAUUUUUGAUACUCACUGUUUUCUGUUUUAAAUUAAAUGAAAACAUAAC